UAAGCGCGCACGCGCUUCGACGCACACCGUCAAAGAAGGGAAAUAGGAACGCGGGUCGUAUAGGGUCGGUUGCACGGUUGCACGGUGAAACGGCGAAACGGCGAAACGGUGGUGUAACGGAGCUCGGAGAGUCGUGCAGGCUGCACGGGGCGGCUGCGUGCUCGAAGCCCGAGCGGCGCUCGCGCAAUGUAGUCCCUCGGCUAUCCUUGACGCGGGAGCAUCGUCGUUUCGAAAGAGCCGCGACCUCCUGCCGUCGCGUCGCGCGCGUUGCCUUCCGCGGACACGUCCGACAACCUCGCCGCUCCUCCGACUCGGAACCACCUGAUUCCUCGGAAAUACCGCGAUUCCGAUGGAUAAACCGUUACCCUGGACGAUUACCACCUUGCGCUCGCGACAGACGAACCUUUCUUUUUAUCGACGCUUCAGUUACGAUACCGCGGAUCAAUUAUCAUCGUGAUUGUGGAGCGUAUCGCGAACCGACGAUACUCGGAUCGAUCCUCCGAGUGUGUUGUGGUGACGUAACCGGUGAAUCGUGAUUCGUGACGUGCUUACGACCCUCCAGAGACCGUCUUCUCGGUACGCGCGCCAGAUAUUUGAACGUUGAUCGUCGUUCGAUGCUUUUUUGAUUCCGAACCAGUGAAGGACCGUUAACGCGGCUUUUUCGAGCACGACGGGAAACUAGUCGCGUAAAUCCAACUUUGGCCGCGAAUCUCCGACCAGAGGCGAACAAUCGAGUGGUACGCGUAAAACACUCGUAAUACUGGCUGCACUCUCGACGACGAAACUGGGUGACGUACGGUUAUCGUUUCCAGACCGAUCGAACUUGGCACCAACUUCCUUCGCUCGCGAUUCACGCUGAAUGGAGCUACCAGGACUCGGGCCAGCUUCGCGUACGCCACGAUACGAUUGAACAUCUUCGAGAUGUUUGGAUCUACGAGAGUGAACGGUCGCUUCCUUCCUUGCGAUCUUUAACGAAAUUCUGUCGAUCGAUAGAACGCGCUGUGUUUCUGUCCACGAAAGUGGACCGUAACUUUUUUCCAUUCGCGAUCUUCCAAGGAAAUCGAUAUUGAUCUUCACGGUGCCGAGUACUCGUUGAUCGACGUUGGAUUCUUUGGAUCUCGAGGAUCGCUACUGCGAACGCAACGAGGCAACGAAUUAACGCGUUUAGUUUCGGUAUAGAAAAGUGAAUACUCGAACGAGAUCGGGACAUCGUCGGUACUCGAAGCGUCGAAUAUUUGCCAGUCAACGUCGGAUGCUUUGGAUCUCGAGUACUACACAACGACCGAAACGUUUAGCAAGUGAAAAGUGUUUUUAUGUACCAAAGUGAACUGUAACCUUCGUUAUCUCGGAAUCGGCAGCGCAUAUCGUGCUCGUCCAUCGACGAUUCGCUCGUAUCGUGAUUCUGUAUCCGAAAGGGAAAAACGUUUUGCUAAGCGAACAAGGAUCGCUUGCCGUAUCGCGCGAAACCCUCUCGAAUCCCAUGGGACGCUGGAGGUGAAAAGCUGUCGGUGAAUCAUCUCGAGGUCUGUUUUCCCGAGCAUUCGUGUGACACGGAUACGUGCGCGGUGUCCGUGGCGUGAAAAAUUCUCUGGUAUUGUUCCGGUGUUCGCUUUGUACGCUCGGUAGAAUCGGAAUAAACACCGUUAUCGAGCGAUCGCGAGGUUACGACAAAUGCUUACGCUCGAUCAACUCCGCGAUUAACUCUCGCGUAUACCAGACAAUGGACUGAUGAGGCUCUAAACAAGUUCGUCGAGCGAAACCACGCUAGUUCCAGACAAUGCGACAGUGUAACGACGUGCGACGAAGAAGAGAACGCUCGAUGAAACGUGUGUAACGAGGAAAUUACUUUAACGAGUGCCGUCUAAUGCAUCGCGAACGAUGUUGCGGUGGUGAAAAGGCAUAUGAAAGCCUUCGUGGUUAUCCCUCCUCUCCCUCCUCUCUCUCUCUCUCUCUCUCUCUCGCUCUCCUCUCUCUCUCGCUCUCCACCUGUCAUUUCGACGGAUCUUAUACGAGCUGAAACUAUAGUGGCACGCUAACGUCGACAAAAUACUCGUACCGUUAAUUACGUUCAUUAGCGGUUCGCGUAACGGCAACGUUCCCGUUACAUUUUCUGCCUGUGACCGUGGAGAAUAAUUUGCCCGCUGGAAUUCGAAACCGCCCCGUUGCUGCUGCCCGUUUGUUUCGUAAGAAGAAAGAACGAGCAAAGUCGGUCAAGUUGACGGAAUGAAUACGCGGUGUGUUCGUAAGAUUCGGUCGUUUCUCUUUCGCGUGUAACGCGUCGGUGAUGUCGCGAAACGAAACAUUCGUAAUCGAGUAAAACGGUGUCGUUCGUCGAGAAGAAAAAUCGUACGUAUAACGAUCCAGUGAAAUGUCAAGUUGUUCGAGAAACUACCAGUGUUAGCGAAACUAGUUCGUCCAUCAGAUACGCAACUGCGGAGUUAAAAGACUGAAAUGCGUGUGAGAUAGUAUAUCAAUAUGUGAAAGAACUUCCGCCGAGGAACAAGCGAUGUCUACUUCUCUUCCGGUGCUCGUCUGUUUUAUCAUUUCUUUUGGUGGUAUAGCGUCAUGUCUACGAAACUUUCGAACCGACUUUCUGGAGGAAUGGCCGACUCCUGGGACGGGGCCCCAUUUCGACACCUCCAUGCAGUCGAACUUCACCGGCUUGGUGGGGAAAACAGUGCACUUGGUGUGCAAAGUGAAGAACCUAGGAAAUCGAACCGUUUCCUGGGUGAGGCAUCGAGACAUACACCUGUUAACGGUCGGUCGUUACACCUACACCAGCGACCAACGUUUCGAAGCUCUGCAUUACCCUCACACCGAAGAAUGGACCUUGAGGAUACGAUAUCCACAGCGCAAGGAUUCCGGGAUUUAUGAGUGCCAAAUAUCAACGACACCGCCUAUCGGUCAUGCUGUCUACCUAACGAUAGUUGAACCGAUUACUAUAAUAGUUGGAGCUCCCGAUCUAUUCGUGAACAAAGGGAGCACCAUUAAUCUGACUUGCGUCGUGAAAUACGCUCCAGAACCGCCGCCCAUGAUGAUCUGGAGUCACAAUACGGAGGUAAUUAACUUUGACUCACCGAGAGGUGGUAUCAGCCUGGUGACGGAGAAAGGACCGGAAACCACUAGUCGUUUAAUGAUCCAGAAAGCGGUGCCCAGCGAUUCCGGAAUUUACACUUGCGAGCCAAGCAACGCGAAUCCCAGCAGCAUCAAAGUGCACGUUGUUAACGAAGAACAUCCGGCUGCCAUGCAUCACGGAGAUGGAAGUUCUUCGUACGCCAAGACACGACCGAUCUGUUUUAUAAUUUUAAUAGUAGCUAACGUAAUAUUUAUAUAAGAAGAAGAGUGGAAGAAUAAACGAAAGAAGAAAAGAUAAAAUACAUACCCGAUACGAUAAUACAGCGCGAUUCGAUCGAAUCGCAUCGCCCAUGAUCGUUAACGUUCUUUGGGUAUAUAUUUGCGCAGGGUAAAACCGGAUAUUACCUACAUUUACAUUAAAUUUCCGUGACCAAAGAGUUUUCGAAUAUCAGCACGGCACAAUAAUCGGUAAGAGUGUAGUAUUUUGUUAAGAUAUAUCAUCAAGAACGAAUAAACUUACGACGUCAAAAUUUAUUGUAUUAUUUGUAAAUAAAUUUACUGUAUGUACAUAUCAAUAAAACGAUUGUCUUUAA